GAAAUCUCUUUCUCUUCCUUGUGGGUAAAAUCAUGUCCGAUGGAUACUAUAGUUCUAAGAAGACAGACGAUAUCUGCGAUGAUGUUUGUGGACAGGAUGGUUCUCGAGCAUCCAAGGCCUUCUCAAGGGUUAGAUGUGUACUACGAGGACUUGAUUUCAAGACAUAUAUCUUCAUCUUCACCAUUGUGCCUAUUUUCAUCUUUGGAGUCUAUUUGCAUGGUCAGAAGCUCACAUAUUUCUUGAGACCGCUUUGGGAAUCUCCACCCAAGCCGUUUCAAACGCUUCCUCAUUACUACCAUGAGAACGCCUCCAUGGCAACACUCUGCAGUCUUCACGGCUGGAAACACCGCGAAUCUCCGAGAAGGGUCUUUGAUGCUGUCUUGUUCAGCAAUGAAGUUGAUAUGCUUACUAUCCGGUGGAAAGAGCUCUAUCCUUACAUAACACAGUUUGUGAUUCUUGAAUCAAACUCGACUUUCACUGGUUUGCCUAAACCGUUGGUUUUCAAUGGGAAUCGGGCGAAGUUUGAGUUUGUUGAGCCGAGGCUGUCUUAUGGGAACAUUGCAGGAAGAUUCAAGAAAGGCGAAAACCCAUUUGUUGAAGAAGCUUACCAGAGGAUUGCAUUGGAUCAGCUGAUCAGACUCGCGGGUAUCGAAGAAGAUGAUCUGUUGAUAAUGUCUGAUGUUGAUGAGAUUCCUAGCGCUCAUACCAUCAAUCUGCUUAGAUGGUGCGAUGGAUACCCACCGAUUCUUCAUCUUCAGUUGAAAAACUACUUAUAUUCAUUCGAGUACUUCGUUGACAACAAAAGCUGGAGAGCUUCUAUUCAUCAGUACAAGCCCGGGAAGACCCGAUACGCUCAUUUCCGUCAAGGCAACACUCUUUUAGCAGAUUCGGGUUGGCAUUGCAGUUUCUGUUUCAGGCACAUCAGCGAGUUUAUAUUCAAGAUGAAAGCGUACAGCCACAACGACCGGGUCAGAUUCUCUCAUUAUCUAAACCCAAAAAGAAUACAAGAUGUGAUCUGUAAAGGAACUGAUCUGUUCGACAUGCUUCCUGAAGAGUAUACAUUCAGGGAAAUCAUCGGGAAACUAGGUCCAAUCCCGCGGUCUUAUUCUGCAGUUCAUCUCCCAGCUCAUCUGAUAGAAAAAGCUGAGAGUUACAAAUACUUGUUACCUGGGAACUGCAUACGGGAAAAGAAUGGUACAGUUUCUUGGGACUCGAGGAAGAGUGAUCUGAUAAGUGGAGUCUCUGGUUUCAGCAUUACCUCUCUUGAGGAAACCGGAACUUGGGAGUUGUUGUCUGUGUUUACGCCGAAGAUGCCCCUCAAAAUCCAACAGAGUGUGGUGAUAUACCAAAAGUAUGUUUACGUGGUGGAUGAGGAUGGUCAACUCUUUAAUUCCUCAACAAGUGAGUGGAAGUUUGAGGCAAACGGAACAACAGAGUCUAACCUAGAAAAUAGAAACGAUUGGCUUUUCGCUGAUCAUACACUUUUCUGCCGUGGUACCGGCGGGAAAAUACUGUGGCGUUUUCCUGUUGACUUGGAUUGGAAUGAAGUCAAGGGUUUGGAAGAGCUGCAGCAGCAACACUCUGGUUUUGAUAUCAUCAAACUCUGCGUAUACUCCAGUGAUAGUAUGGCCAUCUUCUGGGAAGCCCGGCCUCAAGGUCCUGAUCAGAUUUUGGAGCUUUGGUGUGCCCAGAUUUCCAUGACCAAACACCCGCAAGGCGGGGUAUUGGAGAUUUGGGGGAACAUUGAGUGGUCCGCUCCUGUCCUCUCAGACUCAUCAUAUACUGGCCUUAACUUGUUAUUUGCUGGUUCUAUCUCUGUCUGAAUAUUAGUAGAGGGAGUUUGAAACAGAGAAUGGUGCAGUUUCUUCUUGGGGACUGGAGGAAGAGCGAAUUGAUAAGUGGAGUCUCUGGUUUCAGCAUUAUCUCUCUUGAGGGUAUAUAACCUUGUCUGCUUAUAAUCUCAUACUGACUCAUGUUCCCAUGUUGUUUUGGGAAGUUUUGCUGGAAUAUUCUCUCUCUUUCUCCAUCUAUUAUCUCUUUCUCUUUUACUUCAAACUCUUUUCUUUUAGUCUGUACAAUUUAGUGAUUUCUUUACAUUAUUAUCUUGGUUUAUUUUAUUAUUCCGCUUUCUGAAUUCUGUUUCAUCAAAUCAUCACUUUCAUUGAAGCCUAAGGCCUAAUUCCUCCACCAGAUCCUCCAUCGCAGCUUUCUCUACCUAUCGUUUGACUUCACGAUUCAAGAAACAAUAUUACAAGGU